CCAACCAAGUCGGACGUUUGAACGUUUCCUAGGCUGUUCAAUUCCGCGCCCGUGCAUUACUGGUUACUGGCCGGCGGAAAAAAAAGACAAAUGACAGCGACGUUAGAAAACUUUUACCGCGUAAUUUUAGUUUGAAAGAAAAUGAUUAAUAGUGAUGCAAAAGUAUCGUUUAUGUAUCGGUGAGUCAGAAUAAUGAACUAAGUGCAGUGUGACAGUCAUGAUGGUGCGGGUCAGGCGUUUCGCCGUUUUUAGUGUGAUUGUAUUUUUAGCGCAUGUUUUUGAGGCCCAGGGAUACAGCCCUCGAGAUUGUGGAGUUCCCCUCCGGAGACACACUCGACAGCCCAGGGAGAGGAACGCGGGGCAACUCCGGAUCAUCAAGGGCAGAGAGUCCAAACGAGGAGCUUGGCCGUGGCAGGUCUCCUUGCAACUCCUGCACCCCAGCUUCGGGCUCAUCGGGCACUGGUGCGGCGGUGUGCUGGUUCACCCACUUUGGCUGCUCACCACUGCGCACUGCAUACACAAUGAACUCUUCAACCUGCCAGUACCAGCUCUCUGGACCGCGGUGCUUGGAGAAUGGGACCGGGCAGAGCAGAAGGGAGCCUACGUGCCCAUCGAGAGAAUCGUGCUUCAUCACAGGUUCCAUAACUAUCAACAUGAUAUUGCCCUGAUGAAAAUGACCAAACCAGCGGACGUGAGCGCCGGGAGUCGAAUCCGGACCAUCUGCCUGCCGCCUUUCGAACCACCAGUGACCAACUUUAACACAGAGAAGACAUCCACCUUCUACAUGAGACCUGAAGCCCAAAUGCCUUCUAGCCCAGAACCAAACAGACGAAAAGCUGUCAAACCUCCAAAACCAAACCCGGAUACAGCAGCCAAAUACUUGGAGAAGCUUAACAACUUGACAAAGACAAUCUUCUCAGGAUUCAUCAACAAGAAACAUAAAAAUAUGAGAUACAAUGUUCGAGUCGCUAACGACUCUAACAGACAGGCAGAACGCAAAACGGACGACAUUCAGAAACCAGAAGACCUCAAGAAAAAUGUAGACAUAGUGUAUGAUAGUGCCACUUUAGAUAGCGUAGUGAAACUAAUAAAGACUAAACUAGCUAAGGACAAAAGAGUGACAAAUGAUAGAAGUGACAAGAAACUUAUGUUUGGUGAAGAAAUCGACCCGUUUAUUGAUGAAAGUAACAGGAUAGACUUUAGAGAUGAGUGUUAUGCUACUGGUUGGGGGAGAGAACAGACAAACGGGACUUUAACUGAUGUGUUGCUUGAAGCUGAAGUGCCAAUAUUACCGCUGCAGAUCUGCAGAGAUAGGUAUUCUCUGACGUUGCCAUUGAAUGAGGGGCAUCUUUGCGCUGGAAGCACUGAUGGUAGCACUGGUGCUUGUGUGGGUGACAGUGGCGGUCCCCUCCAGUGCAGAUCAGGAGGCCGCUGGCUCCUCAAGGGUCUCACCUCGUUCGGUUCCGGCUGCGCAAGACGAGGUGUCCCUGAUGUCUACACCAACGUAGCCCACUAUGUCUCCUGGAUCUAUGCCCAUGUUUAUGCUAGUUAACAAAGAGCGAAACUGUUUAAAAAAACUCAAAUGAGUCUUGAACCAGUGAUACUUGUCAAGCACAAAAGGGCUUCUCAUCAAUGAGAAAUUGCCUUCCCAUCAUCAUCUCUCUAGUUUUUUGACGAAACAAAUUGUAGAUUUUCUACAAAUUGCAUUAACUACUUGGCCGGACAAAUGGGGAGCGCUGAGGGCUCUCACCCGGUACUCUCUAGCGUUAAUCCGAUUUAAAUCAACUUUUCAUAAUCAUCUCUCUAGUUAACCUGUUUGAAUUGAACUUUUCACCACCAUCUCUCUCUUAUUCUGUUUGAAAUUUGAAUCUCUAAAUUUUCGAAAAUAUUCCCACAUGAUUGAAAAUAAAUUAUGAUUGUAUUGGAUUUUAAUUAAUGUAUAAAAUUAGUAUAUUUGUAGUGUAAUGAUAUUUUGAUUACCAGCCUGUAAAU